AAUUGUACAAAUGCGAGAAAUUGUUCGACAAAGGCGCAUCUGAAGUGAUUAUCCAUGGCCUUGGUGCUGCCGUGUGCAAAGCAGUCAGCUUAGCUCUGCGAUUGAAGGAAAUUCAUCAUGGAACUUUAGAUUUUGAUAUUAGAACUUCUACUGUUGCUCUAAUAGAUGAGCUAGAGGCAUUAACCGAUGACGUGGAUGACGAGAUAAACAACAGACAAAACUCUGCUAUACACAUACGUGUCAUUAGGAGAGUGCCAGUGGCUGUGCUGAGAUCUAAAUAGGAAUAAACUAAUAUUGAGAUUGCAAAACAAUAUAUUUGAGUGAUGAGUGUACAUAAUAAACUGGAUGGAAUUAUUAACUAAAUCAUUAAUAUUCCAAUACUGGUACAAAACUGCAUAAUUUUUUUUACAAUGAUUUUCUCUUUAAAUGAAUUAGUUCAUUGGUUAGGUUUGACUAUCUUUGAAAUAUGGAUCAAUUUAGUUGCUUUAACAUUUUUCACAGUGCUGUUAGCUUUAAAAUUAGAUGAGAAUUACUUUUUGGGACCGUCGGGAUGGUGGGAGGUAUUUUCACCACUAUUUAUUGCCGAUGGUUUAAAUACAUAUUUUUGCGCUAUUAUAUUCAUUAGAAUGUACAUGGAGGGAAUGAUCAGAGUGGGCAUCUUACGUGCGUUGUGGAGUCAAAUAUCAUUACUAUUAGUCUUUGUGUUUAAGUAUCUUCUGUGUAAAAAGCUGUCUGGACAAAGUGCUUUAGAAUAUUCAGAAGUUUUGAGUCCAGUAUUUAUUCUCUUGCAACUGAUCGCUGUUAGAGCUUGUCAGUUACAUUAAAGGAAACAGAAAAACUUGUAUGCACGAUAUUACUUCCAAAGCAUCUGUCAUAUGUAAGAAUCAUGUUGUGUGCUAUAUGAUACACUUGUAUAUAUUACAUCUUAUACAUUAUUUAGAUAAAAUUAUUUAAAACAUUUUAUAUCUCUGUUAACUACUUUAUAUUUUUAUUCUGUUAUUCAAGAUUGUGUAAAUUAUUCUUGAAUAAGAAUACAUUAUAUAAUACAAAUUUAAUAAACACUUAAAGUUAUAAUAAAUUUA